AUGGAGCGUUCAUUAGCAGAUAUACUUAGAGAAGAAUGUCAUAUCGGUCACAAAGGAGAUGGUGGUUGGAAAACAGUUGCUUAUAACACCGAUGCUGCCAUAUUGUCUGCACAAUUUGAUAUUGAAGUAAGUGUUGAUAACAUAAGAAAUCGUGUUAAAACCUGGAGAAGGUUUUAUGGUAUAGUCAGUGAUAUAUUAAGUCAGAGUGGAUUCAAUUGGGAUGCAACAAAGAAGAUGAUCAGUGUAGAUGAAGACAAUGUUUGGGAUGAGUACGUGAAGUCUCAUGAAGAUGCUAGAACUUUUCGAUUUAAAGUGAUUGCAAACUGGGAUGAUAUAGUGGAUUUAUGUGGCAAAGAUAGAGCUACUAGAGAGGGUGCUAAAACAUGUGCAAAAGCUCCUGAGGUUAUGACUCCUGAGAGUGAUCCCAAUAUUAUUGUUGAUUUGGAAAGUGAUACUCAAGGUUUUGAGAGUUGUCAGGAAAUGUCUGGUUGCUAUUAA